AUGAGUGCCAAUUACUUGCUAAUUUCCUUGCCAAAGAGCACAUCAACAGACGAACGCUCGUUGGGCGGUUGGUUACAGACCAACAUCAACGGGGGCUCGGUCGAGGUAGCGAAACACGAGCUUCCGGGCUUCAAAGUUGGCACUUUAGAUUCGUUGGUGCUUCAGAGCGAAGAGCUCUCCAAGGUCGAUCAGCAGCUCUACGGCUCCAUUGGAAAAGUCCUGGAUAUCAUGGCCAGUAUCCAUGGUGAGAGCGACGUCUCUCAUGUUGCAAAACAAAAGGUGGAUGGCAAAUACGUGGACCAAUUUUUGGAGACGUUCCGUUGGAACACUUCUAGAUUUAGAUUGGACAAGUCAAUUGAGGAGCUGAUCAAGCUCAUUUCCAGUGAAGCAUUGAACGUCGACAAUGAUCUGAGAACCACCUACACCAGCUACAAUCAAGCUAAGUCCAAUCUAGCUGCAGCACAGAGAAAACAGACUGGAGAUUUGUCGGUCAAGUCGUUGCACGACAUUGUCCGUGCCGAGCACUUUGUUUUGGACUCCGACCACCUCCAGACCGUUCUUUUGGCUGUUCCAAAGAGUCUGUACGAGAGUUUCAUCAACCAGUAUGAAUCCUUGACGGAAUUUGUCGUUCCUAGAUCCGCACAAAAAAUAGCACAGGAUUCUGAGUACUUUUUGUACUCGGUCACUUUAUUCAAAAAAUACGUGCCUGCUUUCCUUGCCAAAGCUAGAGACGCCAAAUGGAUUCCAAGAGAGUUCGACUAUUCUGAAGAGGUCAUUGCCAAGAUGAGAGACGAGUACCAGAACGCCUCCAAAGAGGAGCUCACUUUGAAGAACGAUCUGCUCAGACUCUCCAAGAGCGCCUACUCGGAAAUCGUUUCAUCCUGGGCCCACAUCAAACUCCUUAGAACGUUUGUUGAGAGUGUUCUUAGAUACGGACUGCCACCAGACUUCUACUGCUAUCUCUUGAAGCUGCCUCAAAGAGCCAUCGAAAAGUCCAAGCAGGAACUGAUCCAGAGAUUUGGAUAUCUUGGUGGUAACGCAUUUUCCACCGACAAAAAAGGAAACAUUGUCACCGACGCUAAGCUGCACGAGUACGCAUCGCUGGUCGACCAAGACUACGAGCCAUUUGUGUUGUACGAGAUCUCUUUGAACUAG